AUGGUCCUCAAGGAAUUUCUCGACUCAGACCGAGUCAACUUUCUCAUCUGGAGGUUCGUCCCAACGCCCUCGAAAUCCCACUACAGAGAAACAGCCGCCAAGUUCCAGAAAGAAUGGCACGUCAAGGAGCCGCAACGGGACUUUGAUUUUGCGCGCCAUGUCAAGGGCCGUGCUCUAGUGUCCGUGGUCAACAGCGGCCUCAUCUACUAUGCUCUCGAGCGAGAGCACUCACGCCGUCAGAUGCCAGAAGAUGCGGCCGCACAAGCCGAGGCGCUGCGCAACGGCAUCUUUGGACCGUUGGAGGUGCAGCCGCCAGCAAAGAUGGAGGACGACGACGAGGAUGCACCGGGAGAGGAGGACGACGAAGCAGAGCUGUCGCGAAAACGGAAUCACAAUUCUCUGCCCAAUGGGUCGCCUUCCAAGCGCCCACGGCUCAGCAACGGCUGCGAGAGCAAAUCCGAUGCAGCCACCGUCAGCACCCCCAUGGAUGUGGACCACCUGCACGAUAACCACGCCUAUCCAUCUCCGCUGGAAGGAGAGCAGGUUCCUCUGCCGAUUGUGCGGACGGAGGGGCCCGAGCAAGGCACGCAAGUCGACAAGGUUGAGCAGCUGUUUGCCGGCACCACCUUCAUCCGCCUCAUGGACGACUGCGCCACUGAAACAGCGCCUUCGCCCUCCCCAGCUGGCUCUGAAAACACUCCCAUUCUGCUGCAGUGCGAGUGGAACCCGAAAGACCCAUCAAUCCUCGCGGCUGCUGGGACCGAUGCGCUAGCCCGUGUUUGGACCGUUUCGCGUGCCACAGCAACUGACCACAGCCAGCAUCACGUGUCACCCCACGCCCAUGCCUUGCUGGAUCCCGAAUCUCCAAAGACGACGACGGUGACGGCGCUGGCCUGGACGUCGGACGGUGCCUCCAUUGCCGUGGCCAGUGACUGUGGAGGAGCUCGGGCCGCCAUCCAUCUGUGGUCCGCCGGCGGUGAGCUUGUCCAGGCCCUGGACGUGUCGGAGCCGCCCAUUGUCAAGCUGCUGUGGAAUCCUAGCAAUACGGCGCUGCUCGCCAUUUCCCCAGAGAACAAGGUCGAUACACUGGUGACGGUGCACUCGAUAGGCUCCAACAAGUCCUUGCGGUAUCCCCUCCCGGGCCAUAGUCUCGAUACGGGCCUGGACGCAACAUGGACGGGCGACUCCGAGUUUUUGAUUUGCGGCGGCGGCAUUUUCGAAUGCCUGAGCUUGGGCGAGACGGCAAUCCAGAGGACCCGGAAAUUUGAGACGAAGGAGGAUGAUCACUUUGCCCAGGUUUUGUUUGACCCACGAUCCCAGCUCGUCGCCACCUCGAGUGACAAGGGUGUUUUGGAUCUAUGGGAUGAAUCGGGACAGCGUCGGUCAAUAUCAGCCCACCAAGGGUCAAUUACAACGAUGGCCUGGCAGCCACUGCUGCCAGAUCAAUCUGGUCCGGAAGACGAGCGGUUAAUCGCUACUGGAGGAGAGGACGGCGCUAUUCUGAUUUGGAAUGCUAGAAAACCCGAGAGCAAACCGAAAUGCUUCUUCACAAUGGACCUGCCGGUCGUGCGGCUUGCCUUUACGCCUGACGGAGCCUUCAUCGCAGGAGCCACGCCUAGAAGCGUCCUGAUAUGGAAGGUCGACAGCCAUUCCGUGCCCCGGGCCAUCUGGAGGCCGUCCAAAGACGAGCUAGAGAACCUAAAGAGCAACCAAGACUCUGAAGAAGAGGACGAGCACUGCCUGUGCUGGGACAAGGACGGCCAGAAGCUUGCUUACGGCGCAAACAGUCGUCUCGCCAUCAUCAGCUUCAGUGGUAAUAAUAGUGGAUAGAAACCACUCCCGCUGAGGAUACGAAAACACAGGCGCAUUACGGCGAACGCAUAUAAUAUAUUUACUGACGUUGGGUGGAUCGGGCGACUCUAGAAGAAGCCAUGAACACGACGCGGCAGACUCUAGAAAACAAAAUGGUAUCGGGCGGACGGCGCGACAUGACAGCGGGGCUGCGACAUGACCGAGUUCAUCUCGACGGCGGAUCCUACUCUCUCUUUUUUUUGCUCUCUCUCUCUCUCUCUCUCUCUCUCUAUUCUUCUUUUUUUGGAACAAAAGAUGGUCAAAUGGAUGUGGGGGGAGGCGAGGUGCCGCGGAAUCAAAUCGCUGGGGCUCAAACAGCCCUGCGCUUCAAUCCCUUUUGUUUACCAGCAUUCCCCGAUGGGCUUUCUUUUUGGUCACGAACCACGAUAUAUCUGGACAGCGAGAGGGGAGCUGGACUGGACUAUGCUAAUCAUCUUGACUACGCGGAUACACUCGAAUGAAGGACAGGGAUAAAACGGACGUACGGAGUACGAGUGGUGUUAUUUUAUUUUAUCUCUUUCAUGUUUGCUUUAUUUGCUUUAUUUUGCUUUGCUGUCUCUUUCGGGUCCAAGGCAAGGGGGGAGGUGAGGACGGAGAAAGGGGAAGUCAAGGCAUUUCUACUUUGUGUCUACACUUUGUUUGAACAGGUCGGGGAAUAGUGCGACUGCUUCUUGUACAAUAAAAUCUGCAGAGUACUAUC